AUGUCAAAUGUCUUUCACGAUGCUAUCAAGGGAAAGGAUGAGAAUGGCAAGGAUGUCUACCUUAUUCCAUGUCCUGCUGGUACAACAAAUGUCAAACUUCAAGCCGACUGGCACUAUGCUAGUGAAGAUGAAGAUUUGCCUGAUCUUGCUACUGAAGCAGAUCGAGGUCUGCAGUUUAUUCAAAGCCGCAGAAAGAAAAGAGAUCCAUUUGGGUUGUACGAUCAUGUCAUCAUGGACAGUGGUUGUACAAACACCACCAUUUCUAAUGGUGAGCUUAUGCAUGGACUCCGUCAUGCUGAGAAAGAACUUGACAUGCAAACUAACGUGGGCAGCAGAGUUCUUGACGAAGAAGGUUUUCUAGGAAGAUUUCCACCUCCAGUUUAUCACGAUGAAGUUGGAAUUGCCAAUGUACUUGCUAUGCGCGAGAUGAUUGCUGCGGGAUACCGCAUUACCAUGGAUACUGAUGCUGACAAUGCUUUUAUUGUGCAAUGUGAUGGAAACCGAAAGAUGCGAUUUGUGAAUCGUAAGGGUGUGUAUGUGUUGGAGCAACUUGGAGCGAAUGUCAAACCAGGUGCCAAAGAGACAAGUGCGAUGUACUGUCGCCAGUUAAGCAACUUAAAUAAUCAACCCCAUUUUGAACUUUCUUCAAACAGACAGAAUGGAUAUGCUGGACUCGAGAUGACCUCCAAGAUGGUAACCGUUCGAAAGAACAAGGAAGGAUUCGCUCCAAGACAAGUCAAGGCUACGAUGGAAGCGAGAAGUGCAAUGCACAUACUCAAGGCUCCAAGCACCAAAAGUCUGAAGUAUGCGAUCCGAUCUGGUCUCAUCAAGAACUGUCCUAUCACCGAAGAAGCGAUCAAUCAUGCCAAAGCAAGUCUUUGGACCUGA